CCCCGCACUUGCGUCGUGGGGCCUCGGAACGCUGGAGUUGUGUCUGCCCUCUCCGAGAAUGGUUGGGGGUGGGGAGGAGAGGCCCUGGGAGUUUUGCAGGAAAGGAGGCAGCGCGAGGCGAAGGACCUGUUGGUGUCCCCCGCGCGCUCCCGCCCCCCGGCCGGGCCCAUUGCUAUACAAGGCCUGCUCUCCCCAGCAUCCACCCCCAGCGAGUAUGGUCGCAGGCGCGGAGGGGUGCAUUCCCCCGCCCUGAGCUCAGCGUGCCGGAAUGCGGCCGAUAAAUCAGAGAUAACCCCAGGCCCGGGAUAAAAGGCCGAGGUUGUCGCAGGAUCCGGGAGAGCGUCCGCCGGCCUCUAGGAGGUGAGACGUGACCCGGACCACAGCGCAGCGGCAGCGGCAACGGUCUCUUUCUCUCCGGUGACAUGGACCCCAAGACGGCGCUGCUCCGGGCCCUCCUGCUCCUCCUGUUCUUGCACCUGUCGCCACUAGGAGGUCGCUCCCACCCGCUGGGCGGCCCCGGCCCCGCCUCGGAAGCGUCCGCAAUACAGGAGCUGCUGGACGGUCUGCGGGACACAGUUUCAGAGCUGCAGGAAGCCCAGAUGGCCCUGGGACCCCUCCAGCAGGGCCACAGCCCCGCAGAAUCCUGGGAGGCCCAGGAGGAACCCCCUGCGCGGGUCCUUGCGCCCCGUGACAAUGUCCUCGGGGCCCUGAGACGACUAGGCAGUUCCAAGAUGAUGCGUGAUUCAAGGUGCUUUGGCCGGAGGCUGGACCGGAUUGGCUCCCUCAGUGGCCUGGGCUGCAAUGUGCUGAGAAGGCAUUAAGAGGAAGUGCUGAUGCAGACAUCUGCGUCUGAUUCUUCAUCAACUCCCUGAGCCCCUUUGAAGCAAUUCUUAUUUAUUUAUUUUUAUUUAUUUAUUUAUUGUGAUUGUUUUAUAUAAGAUGAUUCUUAUCUCCGAGCACCCAUUUUCCACGGUGAAAUAAAGUCAACAUUUUAUCUUC